AUGAAGGCCAUCAUAUGGGUGCCGGUCACCAUUGCCAUACUCGCUCGUGCACAUCGUCGCAAGUCCCUCACACCGCUUGGCCUACUCGCAGCGGCCAUCACAGCGGCAGUGCACGCCCUGCCUCAUAGCCCUUUGCCAUUUACGUUACUGGGUACAUUCUUCAUCAUAGGCACGAGUGCCACGAAGGUCAAGCACGCCGAGAAAGCCAAGCUCACCCUGUCCGCGUCCGGCGGCUCCGGAGGCGAAGGUGCUCGGACACACGUCCAAGUUCUGGCCAAUUCGGCGUGUGCAAGUGUUCUAUGCUUGGUAGAAUUCCUGAUGCGUAAGGAUCGAACCAUUGGGCUGGGAGAGGAAUGCCUCGCAUUGCGUUCAAGCAACAGCCAGAAUCCGUAUCUGGACAUCUGUCUCAUGGGCGUUGUCGCAAACUAUGCGGCUGUCGCGGCGGAUACCUUUUCGUCUGAACUCGGCAUACUGUCACGAUCGAAGCCAUUUCUGAUCACCGACCUCCGACGGAAGGUGCCAAAAGGCACGAACGGUGGCAUUACUCCCGCGGGUGUGGCGUACGGGCACCUGGGCGCGCUGGCGAUUGCCGUGACCAGUGUUAUGCUUCUGCCGUUUUGUGCUGAGUGGAGCUUCAAUAGUCGAGCGCUGUUUGUAGCAUGCGUGAGCGCUUGGGGUACUAUUGGAUCCCUGCUGGACUCGCUGCUAGGUGCUCGGCUGCAAGCGAGUGUCAUCGAUAGGCGGACUGGGAAGAUAGUGGAGGGAGCCGGUGGCGCGAAGGUCAAGACGAGAUCUGGUUCGGUGGCCAUUGCAGAUGGCAAUCACGCCACAGGAUCGCAUGACACCGCCGCAAGGCAAAGGAAGGUGGGUGCAGGCACUGAAACGAAGUCGGCAGAAGCAAAUGGUCACGACAGUAGGCUCAUCAACAGCGGCAAAGAUGUCUUGGACAACAACGGGAUCAACAUCUUGAUGGCGGCGAUCAUGACCACUGGAGGCAUAGUGCUGGGACAAAUGGCGCGCGCUGUGGUGUGA